GACAUUAACACCCACAUGAGAUAAGUAUUUUUACAGUAAUCUGUGUAGGCACCAGGAUGAGCUUCCAUGUGGUGACUGUCAGAUUUGUCGCCGAGAAGAACUGUUUCGUCGCCCUUCCGCCAGAUGUUAGCAAGUCUGCAUCAAAAGAUGGAGAGGUUAGUAUAUUUGAAUUGACAUUUGGAGACGAUUCGAAAGUGUUCGUGAGCUGGUCAGGGGAGGUAAUCAGAACAAACACUGGAACAGAUGGCGUAUUACAAGUGAAUGGUCUGUACGGCAGCAAGCUAGGACUGAAGGAUGGAGAUCAGGUGAUUGUACGACACACCCCAGGUGUCCAUGGAGCCACACAAGUGUCCGUGGAGCCGCUCACCACUGAUGAUUGGGAGAUACUUGAGAGACAUGCAGGCUACAUAGAAAGUCAUCUGUUGGACCAAGUGAGAGUCGUGUGGAAAAGUCAGAUCUUACCUGUGUGGGUGGAGAAAUCUACCUGUGUUUUCCUUAAAAUAGGUACUGUUGACCCGGAUAAAAACUGUGUGAUUCUGAAAAAUGAAACAGAAGUGAUUGUGUCGCCAAAGGUCAGAAAUACUGGAAACACAAACAUGACAAACAGUGGAACAUCUACCAAGUCCAGCCAAUCACGGGAGUCCUUCAAAGGUCAUUUCAAAAGGUUAUCAAGCAACAGCGGUCAAAGUGAUGACAGUAAACACAGCUCAAAGGCAGGGAGUCGCCGAGAUUCCUCAGACGGUGGAGGGCCUUCGUCAUCAUCAGAAAAUGGAUCACCAUCACGAUGGGGCUGGAAAGAACUUGUACCAUGGAUAUUAGGGGUACAAAAAAUUAAUCAAAAGUUACAAAGCCUGUCUGCUAAUUUAGAACGUAAUGAUUUGGUUCAAAAACCUGACAAGUUUCCAGCGGGCAUAAACUUUGUACUGCGUGUCCAGUCACUGAAAGUAACCUAUAAUAUACUGGCGAAAAGUUUGAAGGACAGUUUCAAAGAUGAAUUGUCUGACUCAAAUGAGAAAUCUCUGUUUCUUCAGCAGCCUGCAACAGUAUUUGUAGAUCAUCAAGACAUUCAAGAACAAAUUAACCGAGAACUUAAAGAAAUUCCAACGUUUUUCUACGCACGAUUGUCAAAACUCACCACGCCAAAAGAGGAAUUUGAUAAGCAAGUUAACACCGCGAAGAAAAGCAAAGAUGAAGAACCCUCAGACAGUAAAAAUCCUCAGAAAAAAUUAAGUGGCUCAACAAACUCGAUGUCAUCAAGUGGUCGAUCGGAUAAAGAAAGUAAGAUUGUGAGUUGCUAUGUCAGAGUUGUCGUCAUUGAUAAUAAGAAGAUGAGCUGCGAUAAAAAUUACGAACAUAUGAUUUUAACACUGUUACAAGAACAGCAGUGUAUACCGGGUCAUGUGAUCAUAAAUAGCUUGUUACGGCGACUGUUGGAGCUCGAUGUGACGAGGAAGGUGUGGUUACAGACUGUAGCUCCACCCCAGUCUAGUAACGCCCCCUACCAACUAUAUCCCGUGGGAUCUGUGCCGAGUCAGAUGUCAGGAUAUAUGAUUGUAAAAGCAUUUAUCAACUGGCUGAAAUAUUCUACAGACAAGAGCAUGCCACUGGUGGUGUUUCCGGGAGUAAUGGUGAAGAUACCUCUGUUUCAUUCGGUCUCUAUGGAGCUGCAGGUGACUUAUACGGAGAAUGCUGAACAGCCACUGGCCGAUUGUUUCCGGCUACUGAGCAGCGAGGACAUAGAAAGAGUGUCCAUCUCGGCCAGCACGAACUACAAGUCCUCUAUGGACAUCAAGCUACCUUUCCGACCCAUGCUUAUCUACUCUGACAUGUAUGGGGACGUAGCAGACUUUGAUCCCUCCGUACCUACUAAAAUGCUGAAGAAUUUAGGAGGAUUUACAGAAUACGCAGAACAAGCUAUCCGCCACAUAGAGAUCUGUUUGGGAAGUAAACCAUUAAGUCACAAAAUGUUCAAGAUGACCCACCCUGGAAUCAGAAAUGGAAUGCUCCUGAUCACAGGGUCAAAAGGUUGUGGGAAGAGUUCAUUGGCACGUGCUAUUUGUAGGAGGGUGGCUGAGGUGCCAAAUCUUGCCUAUCUCUCACAUGUGGAUUGUAAGCCACUAAGAGGUAAGUCACCAGACAACAUCCUGAAGCACCUGACCAUUUUAUUUGAGGAGGUCAUCUGGCGCCAACCAGCGGUCAUCCUGUUUGAUGACCUUGAUCAUGUGAUGCCAGCGCCAUCUGGUCCGGAGGCUGAGAUGAGCGCAGAGAGUAUUUAUGGGUCAAGGGUCGCUGAAGUGUUACGAGAUUUACUGAGAAAGGAGAUCAGUAACGGAAGUCGGAUAGCUGUCAUUGCGACCAGCCAAUCACGUAACUCCUUACAUCCUUUGCUGACUUCGUCCCGAGGCACACAUUUUGUCCAGUCGGUCAUCAAUAUACGUCCACUAAACAAGGAAAAAAGAAAAGAUAUUUUAAAGACAAUCAUCCGAACAAGGGUUUCCGAGGCAACCUUAGAUAAGAUAGAAUGGGAUUGGCUGCUAUGUAAGACAGAGGGGUUCGUUGCUAAGGACCUUGACACCCUCGUAAGCAGAGCCAUCCACGCUUAUACCCUUCACGGCAGAAGGGAUGUAUUUCACACUGAUCACUCCGACGAAGAGUUUAAUCUAGAGAUGAUCGACUUUAAACAUGCCAUCAUCGGGUUUACUCCGGCCUCCAUACGAAACGUGCCCCUCCACACUACAGGGGAGCUUGGCUGGGAGGAUGUAGGGGGUUUGACUGAGGUGAAGUCCAUCCUGAAGGAAACUCUACUACUCCCUAGUAAGUACCCAGAAUUGUUUGCAUCCUGUCCCCUGAGGCUGAGGUCUGGACUUCUUUUGUAUGGAGCUCCAGGGACAGGGAAAACUCUCCUAGCUGGGGUCGUGGCCAACGAGUGUGGCCUCAACUUUAUCAGUAUUAAGGGUCCAGAACUGCUUAGCAAAUACAUUGGAGCUAGUGAACAAGCUGUCCGAGACACGUUUAUAAGGGCUCAAAGUGCCAAACCUUGUAUCCUGUUCUUUGACGAAUUUGACUCCAUAGCUCCGAGGCGUGGUCAUGACAACACAGGUGUGACGGACCGAGUGGUCAACCAGCUUCUGACCCAGCUGGACGGUGUAGAAGGACUAGAAGGUGUAUAUGUAUUGGCUGCAACCAGUCGUCCGGACCUUAUUGAUCCCGCACUCCUGCGUCCCGGACGUCUGGACAAGUGUCUUCAAUGUCAACUACCCAACAAGGAGGAAAGAUUGAAGAUUCUCCAAGCGUUGACCAGAAAUAUUACCCUUGGUCCUGACGUCAAUCUACAAUAUUUUGCCGACGAAUGCGAACAUUUUUCUGGUGCAGAUUUGAAAGCUUUGCUCUAUAAUGCUCAACUUGAAGCUAUACAUGAAAUUACGGGUCGUCUUGUAAAGGGAGAUAGCCAGGGUUCUUCACCGAAGAAGGCAAUAAGUGAUUCGGCUUUACGGUCACAACUAGACGCUCACCACAAAAAGAUUGACCUCCAGAUUACCAAGGUCGCCCUGCGGGAUCGGCGGCCAUCUUGGAGUUCUCUAGUCACAUAUAUACCGAAACUCGAGGAAGGCAUAGCAGAUGUCAGUGAAGAAAUGGAAGAGAAGUUAAAUUUCCAGGUGGAUCAAAUCAAAGCGAGGCUGAAGGUAAAUAAGUCACUGGAGCGUGUCAGUACAGCAGAAACUUUGUUCUCACCCGUGGCCACCUCCAAGUCUCCGAUGGUCCAGAUAAGUCGCGCACAUCUGACGACAGCUCUGACCAAAACAAGGCCGUCGGUUUCAGGAGAUGAACGAAACAAAUACCAAAGAAUAUACAGGAAUUUUAUGACAUCACGUGGUGGAAACUUUGGUCCCCAGAUACCAGACCUGGCACAGAUACAGACAUUGGCCUAACUAAAACUGUAGUGUUACAGAAUGUCGGAUCUGUGACGAGGAACACAAACUUUGGUCCACAGACACCAGAUCUGGCACAGAUACAGACGUUGGCCUAACUAAAACUGUAGUGUUACAGAAUGUCGGAUCUGUGACGAGGAACACAAACUUUGGUCCACAGAUACCAGACCUGGCACAGAUACAGACAGGGGAUAAAGAGGAUUUGGUAGUCGUGGUAUAUCUAGUCUGGACUUGUGUGAGGAACAUUAGAUGUGUGUUCCAAAGAACUGGAAAGAAACUUGGAGAAUGGUUUGUUUAUUGAGGGACAUAGAAAUGGAGGAUAUUGAUAGGGAUGUAGGAACCAGUCACAUGUAAUGGGAAAUAUAGAUCAUAGGGAUGUACCUUACACACCUAGCUGGAUAUUCUGAUUGAGGGACCUAGCCACAGGGCUCUGAUUGAGGGAUCUAGCCACAGGGCUCUGAUUGAGGGACCUAGCUGCAGGGCUCUGAUUGAGGGACCUGGCUGCAGGGAUCUGAUUGAGGGACCUAGCCGCAGGGCUCUGAUUGAUGGACCUAGCCUCAGGGCUCUGAUUGAGGGACCUAGCUGCAGGGCUCUGAUUGAGGGACCUAGCCGCAGGGCUCUGAUUGAGGGACCUAGCUGCAGGGCUCUGAUUGAGGGACCUAACUUGAGUUAGAAUUGAGAGACCUAGCUAGGGUUUUAACACUAAACAAGCAUUGUAUAAGAAUAAGAAAAUGAGGCCAUAUUUAAGCUUCAGAUUAUUUCACCAUCCGACAGAAAGGAAAUGUCCCUGUAAUGUUAGCCAGUAAAUUGAUGAAGGUCUCAUUUAAAACUGGCCGAUGUUUUCUGUGUCGUUGUAAACCGUGUCACUACAGGACGAUAUACUCGCAUGAAGGCAUAAUCUUAUAGAGCUAUUGAUUAUUAGUUUGUUUUGUGUUUUUUUCUGAAAAAAAAAUUGGAAUGAGGUGCAAUAUGAUCAAUUUACAAAAGAUUAAUACUUAAAAUCUUUUCAACAACAAAUUGUAAACUGUCUCUGGAAUGUGUGAUUGUAGCGUUGUAUACUAACACCAUAGAAGAGCUGUUAAUAGCGUCAAACUUGAUAAUAUAUCUUCACAUUUAAUAUUAAUAUUUUGUUCAGUACAACAGUUCUCCUGUAAAAUUUCAUCUUUCGCCAGCUAACAUUCAAGUAAUUUUUUUUUAUGUGAGUUUGAAUUUUGUAUGAGAUUGAUGAAAUCAAAUUUAUUGAAUUUAAUUAAAUGAAAAAUUUAUGAUGAGUUUGAGAAUGUUUAUAAGCUGUCUUAGUGAAUUGAAAUUAAAGUUUUCUGAAAAUUUCACACAAAUCUCAUAAAAAAUACUGUUUAAAGUUGUUUUAACUGUAAAAGAAAACAACUUACAACAUUGUCUUUUUUCAUGUGUUUAUCAAAGUUAAAAACUCUGCCGUAUUGAUCUUAAUUGACUCUCUAUUUCAUCUUCACUGACAUAUCAUCUGUCACAUCAUUUCAUUGUCAUGACAUCAUAGUAGGUCAAGGUCAACAGAGGAAACCAUGGCUGCAGUUAUCACAUGUAAUGUAUAUAGGACUUACUAUAUUUGAUCACAAAAAACAUUGUCUGUUUCAUUUAAAUAACUAUGUAAUGUGUAUUGAAAAAUUGUAGAAAAAUUUCUUUUACCCUGAAUAUUACGUAGGAAAUGUGUUAUUAAAGCUCACCUGGCCUGAAGGUUGAGCUUACAAAUAGGCGAAAUAUAGUAAAAAAAACCUUUAAGAUCCUUCUUCUUUAAUAAUGACAUUAUCACGAGAGACAUCUUAAAAAAAGAGGAAAAUGUUUGUGAUAUAACUUAUAUGAAAAUAUUUUGCCUUGAUUACCAGUUGAGCGAUGCAGGCCCUCUGUGCCUCUUUUCUGUAUUUUGAAUAUAAUUGUGACAGCGAAAACAAAACAAUGGAAAGUGUUUUUCACUAAAUUAAUUCAUUCACGUUUGAGAGUUGUGUCCCAGAAAACUGGACAUCAUAUUCUUCAUGUGAAUGUCAUAGAUUAUAUGAUAUUAAUCAUUAAUAAAGUAUAGAAACUAUUAACUAUAUUUUGCAAUUAUGAUGAAAUUAUAUUAAUUUAUGCUAAGGCCACCCUUAAAAAUAUCUUGGUUUGUUGUAACCCGACCAGGGGGUCCUACAUAUGGGUAGUUAGGUAGGGACUGUAACCCGACCAGGGGGUCCUACAUAUGGGUAGUUAGGUAGGGCUGAAUUUCUUUUUACUUAGAUCUUUUGAACAGAUUUUCAACCUUUAAUACAAAACAAAUCAGAAUAUUGAACUCAUUAUUUGUUUUGUUUUCUUAAACAUAAGAAACACACACCAACCUUAUUUGAGUUAGGGACAUGUAGUCUCAAUCCUUCACAGCAACUUCCGCACAUAAAUAUCCAGAACGGUCAAAUCGUUAAAAACAUGUUUUAUUUUCUUCUGGGUCGGGUGGGUUAUGCUAAACCAACUAUAUUUUUAUUUUGGCCUAAUCGCUCGUUGGUCUCACAUGGCCUCUUGCGAUGGUAAUAAACUAGAGUACACAGGACAACUCACAUGGUCCGGCAGCUGACACCCGGACCUUUUCAUGUCCCCCGCUAUUGGAUGUCCUAUCACUAUACAGUGUACUGACAGAGUGAGAUGAAGGGAAGUAACUCUAAUAUAUCAGAAUGGUCCGAUUAGGGAAUCAUAUCCAUGUAACUAAGUUAAAAUUAAGUGCCAGAUUGUCGAGAUAUAACAGUGGUCACCUUAUGUCACAGUUUUGGUAACAUAUUAUUUUGAAAUAUGUUUAGCAUAAUACUUUUGUAUCCUUAAAGACUUUCUCACUAAAAUCAAAAUUACGAUAUGCCAUUUUAUAGUAUGUAGGACUCUUUCUGGACUGGACAUCGUUUUUGUGAUUAUAUGCAUUCCUGCAAAAAAGUGUACAGGUCCAGAAAUUUAGUUUCUGGAUAGGCGAGUAUACUUUCCUGAUGAUAAGCUCUUGAUGUUUUUUUAAAUUUUUUUUUGUUAGAAGAUUUACUGAAUGUGUAGUAUUUGAUUUGUUUUAUAUUAAAAAGUUUGUUAUAGGUAUCGAGACAUGCUGUAAAACAGAUUUUUUUUCCCCAACAAAGUCAUAAUUAUGUCUAUUGGAGACCAUUGAUCCACGAAAUCAAGUAUAGGAAAAUCAAUAAGCUUAAAAGAAAAAAAUUCAUAAAAUUCCAGCUUCACAAAAAUAAAUAAUUUAGAAGUAUAUUAUAUACAGGGUAACAUUAGAUCAUUUAUGUUAUUAAACCUUAUGUUUGGAUUUAAUUUUUAGUUUUUGAGAAUAAUUUGUGAACGCUAUAAGAUGGCUAUAUUGCCGUGAUGACGAGGUAUAUAAGAAUAUUAAGUUAUUAUUAAUUUUGUUUUAAUUUUGUACUUUUGUAUUUUUUUCAUAGCAGUUUAUUUCACCCAUUCUGUUGUUCUUAACUUGUGUAAAUGUAAGGUUUUGUCUACUCAACAAUAUUAUGUUAGAUAAACCGGUGUUUUUUCUCCGGGUACUCCGGCUUUCCUCCACCUCCAAAACCUGGCAGGUACUUAAAUGAUAGUGGCUGUUAAUAAGACGUUAAGCAAAAUAGACCUAACUAAACCAUAACAGUACAUUUGAGGAUACCCAAGUGGCCAUGGUUUUUAGUUCCCUGCCGUUUGAAAAACGGGGGGACUUUAGGUUUACCGUCCGUCCGUCCAAAACUUGGUAUACAUGAUCAGUAUAACAUGUAGUUGUGCAUCCCACAUUUUUU